CCGAAGGAGUAAUUAAAGUCGCCGCUGCCGCGCGCGGUCCCACCCUCCCCACCGGCCGGCUCCUCUGGCAGACGGGAGGGGACAGCAGAGACGGGCUGCCGCGGAGACACGCCGCCACCUCCGCCUCCACCUCCUCCGGCUCUUCGCACUCGCUCCCUCGCCCGCCGUAGCAACACCGACGGCGGCGGAUCCCCCUUUCCCGCGCAGCCCCGCGCACCAUGGCCCCCGCAGCCCCCCGCCUCGUCCUCGGCCUCCUGGUACUGAGUUUGUGCUGUGAAGCUUGCAAGAAAGUAAUUUUUCAUGUUCCUUCUGAACUAGAGGCUGACACAUUAGUUGGCAGAGUUGAUUUGAAAGAAUGCCUUCAGUCUGCAGAGUUUAUCAGUACCACUGAUGGGAACUUCAAGAUUCUAGAGGAUGGUUCUGUGUACACAACAUCUGCUCUUUCUUUGUCUGCUGAGAAAAAAACUUUUACCAUAUUACUUAAAGACAUUCAAGAACAAGUUGAAAAGAAAAUACAUGUUAGCUUAGUGGAAGAAGAAAAGAAGACCCAGACACAGAAGACCAGGCAUGCUAGAGAUACAGUUCUCAAGCGAACCAAAAGAAGGUGGGGCCCUAUUCCAUCCGUUAUGAUAGAGAACUCACUGGGACCUUUUCCUCUACAAAUUCAACAGGUCCAGUCAGACACAGCUCAGAACUACACAAUUUAUUAUUCUGCAAGUGGACCAGGAAUUGAUCAAGAUCCAAAGGGUUUAUUUUACAUAGAAAGAGAAACUGGAAAUAUCUUUGCUACUCGUGCAGUAGACCGGGAACAAUAUCCAAGCUUUCAGAUCAUUUGCUUUGCAACCACUCCAGAUGGUUAUUCACCAGAAGUACCACUUGUGCAUACAAUCAGGAUAGAAGAUGAUAAUGAUAAUGCUCCAUAUUUUACACGAGAUCUGUUUGAGUUUUGUGUCCCUGAAAAUUCCAAGCCUGGUGUUGUUGUUGGACAAGUGACUGCAGAGGACAGAGAUGAGCCUUAUACUCUGCAUACUACAUUGAAAUACCGCAUUGUGUCACAAAAUCCACCAAUUACUCCAGCAUUUUCUUUACAUGGUGACACCGGUGUCAUUUCUGUAUUGCUGCCGCAGCUGGACAGAGAGCUUGUUCCCAGUUACACUUUGUUAGUUGAAGUGAGAGAUAUGGCAGGUCAACCUUUUGGUUUGUGCACUACAGGAACAGUGGUUGUAAAAAUCGAAGAUACGAAUGACAAUGCACCAUCCUUUAAACAGAUACAAUAUGAAACGCGAGUGGAGGAAAACAGAGUGAGUGUAGAAAUACUGAGAGUCUCUGUUGUUGAUCUUGAUGAACCUGGUUCGCCUGGCUCAGGAGCAGUGUAUGAAAUUAUAAGAGGAAAUGACGAUCAGGCCUUUGAAAUUACAACAGACAAAAACACAAACGAAGGAAUACUAUGUGUUGUCAAGGGACUGGACUAUGAAAGUGCCAAGCAAAGGGUCCUUGUCAUUGGAGUCAACAAUGAGGCACCCUAUCUGCUGGCACCACAUUCACAACAACUUUCCCAGAGCACCUGCUCUGUUACAGUGCACGUCCUGGAUGUGGAUGAGGGACCAGUGUUUAAACCAUGUCUGUUGCGCUUAGAUGUUAAAGAAUGUGAAGAUAUUGGGACGGCUAUUGGGAGAUAUGUAGCAGAAGAUCCAGAAACUGGAAAUAGUGAAGGCAUAAGGUACCGGAUACCACCUGGACAAUGUAAUUGGAUCAACAUUGAUGACAAAUCGGGUGAAGUCAGAACUGUUAAAGUCUUGGACCGAGAUGUAGGAGAAAUGAGACGAGGCCAAUGCAAUAUCACAGUCCUUGCAAUAGACAGAAAUGGUAAAACAGGCACUGGAACAAUUCAGGUUUGCAUCGUGCCUGGGAACAAGAAUUUCCCGCGAAUCGCUCAAACAGACUAUAUAAUGUGCAGAGACAGAGAACCAAUCUGCCUUACUGCACAGGAUGAUGAUGAGGCUCCUUACAGCACGCCCUUUGUGUAUCGCAUAACUGACCGUAACUUGGCUUCCAUGUGGAAGAUAAAUGCACAAAACGAUAAUUGUGCAUAUCUUUCACCAAAGGGUGAUAUUCCAUUUGGAAUUUAUGAUAUUCCUGUAAGUGUGAUGGAUAACGGAGGAAAGGUAGGAGAGUCCACUGUAAGAGUUAACUUCUGUGAUUGUGUUACCCCAACCGAAUGCGAUGGCAGGAGCCGUCAGCUUCCUGGUGGAAAUGUUACUCUUGGUCUCUGGGCCAUCCUUGCAAUGAUCUUAGGAUCGCUGUUAUUGCUGCUAAUCCUGAUCACAAUUUGUGGCUGCUGUGGCCGUGGAGUAAUGCACAGACAGGUGACUGAUGAUUGUGCCAAUCACAAUUUAAUCAUUUCAAACACAGAAGCUCCAGGUGAAGAAGUGAUGGAUCACAAUAUAAUUCCUCUACAAAAUACAUGUGAUCAAGGAGGGUAUGGAGUGAAAACAGGAGAUCAGCAAACAUUUGAAGUGGUAAAAGGAAGAGGGCAUACCUUGGAAUCAGUCAAGGGAGGUGGACACCAGACUUUGGGAUCAGUUAAAGAAGGAGGAGGACAGACUAUGAUGGACACAUGUAGAUACUCCUACUCAGAAUGGCAUAAUUUCACACAUCCUCGUUUAGGCGAAAAGGUGCACCUAUGCAGACAGGAUGAAGAACAGAAGCAUUCUGAAGAUUAUCUCCUUUCAUAUAACUAUGAAGGAAAAGGAUCCUUGGCUGGCUCUGUAGGCUGCUGCAGUGAUCAGCAUGAGGAAGAGGCACUUGACUUCUUAGAUCAGUUGGAACCCAAGUUUAGGACAUUAGCAGAAACAUGCAUAAAAAGAUAAAUGUGCCUUUCACAGUGCUGAAAAAACCCUGUAAAUAAGUGGCUGUCGUACUUUUGUGACAUUAGGUAUUUUUGAAUUGACGGGGGAAGAGGUUUAUAAAAAUUUAUAUAGACUGGUGAGAGUGUAAGUAACUCUUGCUUUAAAUUUACAUUUUCUUAUACAGGACACAUUCCAUCAAAAUAAGAGACUCAGAAUAUUUUGCCUUUAGGUUAAUAUAGUAAUGCUAGUUCCUACUUAGAUUACAUUUUGCAUUCUUUGUGAUUACUUAAAAUGCAAAACUUGGUGUUCUUUUAAUUAAUUGUUCAGCUUCAAAGUUUUACUAUAUUUGGCUUUGGAGAAGGAAAGCUUUUUAACUCACUGUUUCUUUGUUUUCUUUUAAUUUUAUAGAAAUGAAACAAGAACUUUGUUGGUGGAUAUCAAAUUCCUUGUUAAUUUUUAACUUAUAUGAACUGAGAUACAAAAUAUUUUUUCAUUUUGGACAUAAGA